UUUUGCUUCAUCACAUGACGCAGGGGUAUUGGCUCCUCCCCCGGCUGGAAAGGCUUUGUAAAGGGUCACGUUGCGCGGCAGCAGAGAAACAGAAGACGGUUUCGCAUCUCUGACAUACAGCUCACCUACUCUGUGUCCUGAAGAUAUCCACCAACAGCCACCAUGACUCACCAGUACCCCGCACUGACUGCUGAGCAGAAGAAGGAGCUGCAGGACAUCGCUCAAAGGAUAGUAGCCCCAGGAAAAGGCAUCCUGGCUGCCGAUGAGUCCACCGGCAGCAUGGCGAAACGCCUGAACCCAAUUGGGGUUGAGAACACUGAGGAGAACAGGCGUCGCUACCGCCAGCUGCUUUUCACCGCCGACCAGCGCGUCGACAGCUGUAUCGGAGGUGUCAUCUUCUUCCAUGAAACCCUCUACCAGAAAACCGACGAUGGCACCCCUUUUGCUCAGCUCAUCAAAGACCGCGGCAUUGUUGUUGGCAUCAAGGUUGACAAAGGUGUUGUGCCCCUUGCUGGAACAAAUGGAGAGACCACCACCCAGGGUUUGGACGGGCUCAGUGAGCGCUGUGCUCAGUACAAGAAGGACGGCGCAGACUUCGCCAAGUGGCGUAGUGUGCUGAAGAUCAGCGAGACUACACCAUCUCAGCUGGCCAUCUUGGAGAAUGCGAAUGUACUGGCACGAUACGCAAGCAUCUGCCAGCAGAAUGGCAUUGUCCCAAUUGUGGAGCCAGAGAUCCUCCCUGAUGGGGAGCACGACUUGAAGCGUUGCCAGUACAUCACAGAGAAGGUCCUUGCUGCAGUAUACAAGGCUCUGUCAGACCACCAUGUGUACCUGGAGGGAACAUUGCUGAAACCCAACAUGGUCACGCCUGGACACUCCUGUCCCACCAAGUUCUCUGGCGAGGAAAUCGCCAUGGCUACCGUCACUGCCCUGCGCCGCACUGUACCUCCAGCAGUUACAGGUGUGACAUUCUUGUCUGGUGGCCAGUCUGAGGAGGAGGCCACCGUGAACCUGAAUGCCAUCAACACCUGCCCUCUCGUCAAGCCAUGGGCCCUGACCUUCUCCUACGGCCGUGCCCUGCAGGCCUCCGCCCUGAACGCAUGGAAAGGAGAACUGAGCAACGAGAAAGCUGCCACUGAGGAAUUCAUCAAGCGUGCCCAGGCUAACGGGCUGGCUGCUCUCGGAAAGUACAAGACCUCUGGAAGUGCUGGCGCCGCUGCUAAAUCCCUCUAUGUGGCUAACCAUGCUUAUUAAACAUUCAACGACCACGUUCAGCUGUGGCCUAGAUCUAGUCUUAAUAUCUGCUCUGCUAAUUCCCCUCACUGCUCCAUCAGUUACUGGCCUGUGCUGUCUAGUGUACUUUGUUAAGAGUUAUUAACAUUACAUUAUUAGAUGUCUAUUUAAAAUUAUAUGUAAAAUUGCAAUACUAAAGGGAACAGGCUUUUAUUGUUUUUAUUUCAACAAACAAAUCCAGACAGUUUUGAGACAAUGACUGAAGUGUUGAAUUUCAUGUUUAGCUGUUGUUAGAUUCUGAGGUUAUCUCAGAAUAAAAUCCAGAGAGUCUAUCAGUAUUCCUUUCAUGCUUCUUCAUAAGUGCUCCUCUCUCCACAUCCGGUUCUUUCUCCACGUCGUCCCUCUCGCGUCAGCUCCCCGGCAGUUCAGAUCAGCACGUGCACGUCUGUGUUUCGCUUCCGUCAGAACACAGCGUUGGCCCCUCGUUUUAAAUGCUGUACUAACAUUCACACUAACUGUGGGACCAACCAAACAAUAGUGGCAUCAGUACAUCCGAUUAAGGGCAAAACGAGAAGCUGAGCACCAUGAAAUCAAUAUGUUAAACUGAGUUGAUCUGGUGUAGUUCAUUGGUGGCUCCAGCAGAGGUCACUAGACACGGAGUACUGUAAUAACCCGCUGCACACUGAUAACCUUGUUUUGUUUCUUGUGCUCUUUAUUACCAUUAUCAACAAAAACAACCAUCACGUGUGUCUUCUCAGUGUAACAUUAGCUUUGAAUUACACUCAGUAAAUAACGUAUUUAGUUGUGUGAAGGUGUCGAUAUGUGAUUACUGUUUUCCCCCUGCCUGCCCCACGGGAAGAUCAGAUGGAUCUCUAUUGAUGCAGACAUAACAUGGACCAACACAUGAGGUCAGCAGCGCAGAAACAGUCACAGCUUUAUUGGAUUAAUGUGGUGUUUGUUAUGUUCUUGAAACAAUCAGUGUGUCAAAUAGUGGAGAAAUAAACUAAAAUACACAUUGAAA